CUUGUUGCUUCCGGUUUCCGCCGAGGUCCGCCCCUGGCUAUUUGGUUCUACGCUGUAUUUCGGUGAAAGGCACCGGGAGGCUGACAUCUGGCACCGAGCUGUGGUUUGAUGGUCCUCUCAGAUCUGAAAGAGUUAAGACAAUGGAUACAUCUGAGAGGUAUCAGUCCUUCAUGGCUGUCAUGGCAAUGAUGGCAGAUGGGAGUGGCUCCGUCAGUGGAGGUGAGAGUGUGAAGAGGAGUCGCUGUUCACACCGUGGCAGACCUGGAACCUGAGAGAGAAGUGGGAACCAGGGCAGGGGUUGGUGUCAUUUGAGGAUGUGUCUGUGGACUUCACCUGGGAUGAGUGGCAGGACCUGGAUGACAGUCAGAGGAAGCUCUACAGGGACGUGAUGCUGGAGACCUACAGCAGCCUGCUGUCCUUGAAUCAGUGUGAUGCCAAACCUGAGUUGAUCCUGAAGUUGGAGAAAGAAGCUGAGCCAUGGAAGGAAGACGAUGCCCCAGACCAGAGCCUCCCAGAUAUGCAGAAUGUGGAUGACCGGAAUGAGGUCAGUCAAGACAGCCAAAAGAUACGCAGAUGCAGUCUGGUAAUUGCCAAGAGCAGCGUGUCAGCUGAGAGGGCUCCAGCAGGAAAAGCAUUGAGUAGCUCACACCGUGUUUUAGAUCUGGCCAUAAAGAACAGCACGUCUUCUGGAAUGAGCCCUGGGCCACUUAAUAUGCGGGACCGUAUGCUUCUCCCUAGGGAGCCCAGUGAGAUGCAGGCUAGAAAGGAACUUGGCCUUCCUGAUGUAACCAGGGUGUCCCCCAGACUUCCUGAGCCUCUUAGUCUGUAUCGCAGUACUGAAUGUGAAGAACAGCAUGUUCAGUACUGUGGGCCCAGUGAAGCUUUCCACGUGAAGCCAGUGUGGUUGCAAAAAGCAUUCCCUAUGAGCAAUCCCUCCAGUAAGUUGAGAGACUACAGGAAAGAGUUAGAAAAGUUAGCUCUUCCUGCCAAAGGGGAGACUCGGGCACAGGUACAAACUUUUGAAUGCAAAGUGUGUGGGAAGUUAUUCUGUAAAAAUUCCCAUCUCACACAGCAUUUAAAAAUGCACAAAGAAAAGAGAUGUUAUAAAGGUAGUAAUUGUGAGCCAAUACUCAAUAUACAACCGAAACUCCCAAAACACCAGAGCUUGCGUGCGGGAGAAGAACUUUAUACAUGUAAUGGUGAUGAGAAAUACAUUCGUCCAAAGUCAGGAAAAAGCGUUCAGCAGAAAAUCAUAGGUGACGGAAGGAUUGUGUGUGGAAAGACCGAGUGCUCAAAAUUAAAUUGUAGCGUUGAGCAGAACCCUCUCAAGCAUGAGGAGACCCACGAGUUCAGUCUAGCUGGGAAAACAGUUAGGAAGUCAGACCUCCAUCAGCUGGAGACACCUCACAGAUAUGAGAGAGUGUAUGAAUGUAGUGCAUGUGGCAAAACCUUUAGUCACACACCACAUGUCUACUCACCCUCGGGAGCUGAGAAACCCUAUGAAUGUGAAGACUGUCAGCAGUCGAAGCUCGUGGUGAGCCAGCCAGCUCCCACGCAGGAGAAACGCUAUGUGUGUAAUGUGUGUGGAAAAGCCUUUUACAAGCGAGCCCACCUACACGCACAUCAGAGGACCCACACAGGUGAGAAGCCAUAUGACUGCCAAGAGUGCGGGAAGUCUUUUAGACUGAAGUCAUUUCUUGUUGUCCAUCAGCGGAUUCACACGGGGGAGAAACCCUUUGCGUGUGAUACGUGCGGGAAGAGCUUCAAGCAGAGGACGAGUCUCUACACACACAUAAGAAUCCACACAGGCGAGAAGCCCUACGAGUGUAAAGAAUGUAGGAAGUCGUUCAUUCUCAAGUCCUACCUCACUGUGCACCAGAGAACUCACUCAGGCGAGAAGCCCUAUGAGUGUGACGUCUGUGGGAAAUCCUUUAAGCAAAAUUCCCACCUUCAUGCACACAAGAGAACUCACACAAGUGAGAAGCCCUAUGAGUGUAUCGUGUGUGGCAAAAGUUACAAGCAGAGUCCAAGCCUCUACACACAUAAGAAAAUCCACACCAGUGAGAAACCCUAUGAGUGUAAGCAAUGUAGGAAGUCAUUUAGUUUGAAAUUCCACCUCACUAGGCAUCAGAGAACUCACUCCGGUGAGAAACACUAUCAGUGAAAUGUAUGUGGAUGAGCCUUGAAGCUAGUUCAUGCCUGUGUCCCUCAGAGAACUCACCCCUCGGAGUGGGAAGAGUUGGUCUACAGCAACUCUGUACCACUAAUCCUCUGCCCACUAGGGCUUCAGUGGUGAGAAACUGUCAGUGCUAUGUAUGUGGGAAGGCCUGGCAGCUGUCAAGCGGGUUCACUCAUCUGAGAAGUCAUACAGGUGACAGACCUUUAUAAUUAAAAACUAAGAAAAUAUCUCAGCCAAAGAUAGAUCAGAGAACUCACAAACAUGAGAAACCUUAAGAACAUAUAAAUGUAAAAAAUGUCUCAACCAUAAGAUCCAACUUGUUCAUUCAAAUACAUACAGUUGGCUGUAAUAUAAAAAUAUACAGUUGGGCAUAAUGUAUGUAGAAAAGCCUUUCUCCACAUGCCAUAUCUCCUCAGUCAUUAGGCAGUUCACACCCUAAAAGGAACCCUGUGAAUUCAGCAGAAAAUCCUUCAACCAUAGGUCAUUCUUCACUGCAUACCAAAGAAGGCACAUGGGGACAUCUCUAUGAAUGUUGUUUAUGUGCAGAAAACACUCGAGACAAACCUCCGUGUCCACCUGAAAACUCAAAACUGAGAAACCCUAUGACUGUAAAUAUGGUAGAAAAUAUUUCAACCAUAAGCCAUCUGUUGCUGUAUGUGGAAGAAGUCACAUAGGUGAGUAACCAUAUCUACAUUGGUGAGUAUAAGGUAUGCAGAGAACCCUUGGAGAGGUGACAAGUCUCCACAUUAAAGAACUUGCACUGUUGAGGAACCCUAAGAGAGCAGUCUACACGGAAAUGCUUCUUUCAGUAGGCAGACCUCUCUGAAUGUCUGUCGGAAGCACAUGAAUAACGUGAGAAAUAUACCUUCACUCCUGCCAGUGUAGUCACUGUAUCUGAAAGAGUCACAUAAAUACGCCCUCAGGUUACAUUUGGAGACACUGUAAAACAGGUAAUGAUGUGAGAAAUGUUUCUAAGAAGUGCAGCACAAAUUCCUACAAGGGCCAGAAGUCCAGGAGGCAGGGAGCCGUGUGCUCACCAAGCUGUGCUGCCUUCCCUGCACUCGCAGCCUGUGUGUGCGGUCCAUUCCUGUUAGAUCUGUACUAACCUCCUAGUAGAAUACAAAUGCGUGUGCUGUAUUCAUUUCUAUCCCACUGUCCCAAAUCUUAAAACAGACUCUACCUGGCAGCCAUCCGUAGUUGGCCUGAGUGUAGAUAACCUCUAGCAUGUUUGGGAGCCGUGUAUAGAAGGGCACUGUGGCUUAGGCAUAUGUGUUGUCCAGAGCUCUGGUCCUCCUGCGUUUCUGCCAUCUUGAAAGUGUAUAAAGAGAGAUCUUGUAAUACUCAGGCCCACAGCCAUUCGUUCACUUUCAAAGGUGGUUGAGACAAAUAGAUGAUUGUCUUGUUAGAAAAUUCUCAGGAGAGAGAACCUUGUUGCCACCCAGCAUUCUCAUGAUGCUUUGUGGGGCAGAAGAAAUCUUGAUAAAACUUGCAUAAAUCCUGAGUGCGUUCCCAGCGGGAUCCUCCAUUAAACAGCAUGAAGUGCCCAUUCCGUUAAUGUGUGAAACCUAAUAAAAAAGGUUUCAAAAAUCCUUGAUCUGGGAAAGUUGUCACUAUGGAAUCUGUAUAUUAAGGUUUUGGAGAGAAAUGUUAAAUCUCAUAUUCCAGUUGUUUUUAAAAAUCUGCACACCAGGAGAGGAGUGUCGGAGAGACUGCCUAUCAGUGGGCCUCAGUCUCCAUCUGGGGACAUUUGUGAUGUAAGUAGAGUUUCAGUGGCCAAUGGCACAUAUAGGGAUACAGCUGAACAGCCUACACUAUGUUGGAUAAUAACUCAUGUAUGUAUGGCUUAUAUCAUAUCAAUCAUGUUCCAUGAUGAAACUCGGUGGAAGGGACUUGCGAUAUACAUUGAUAUUUCCCGCAUUUGGGGCCAUUCUGGCCUGUUCACGUCCUCUAGCCUCACACAGUUGUAUUAGAUACUUCCUUAGUCGUGUAGCACAUCUAAAUGUGUAUGACAGUUAUUACAGCCUCAAGUAAAUAAAGAUAACUGUUUUUCUAACAUGA